AUGGUUAUGGCCCCGACUGCGUGUGUACCUGCUGAAGCGUACAUGACUAUACCUGACGUGAAUUGGAAAUCCCAUCAUAGUCAACUCAGCAAAAAUGGAGAGGAUGAUCUCUCGCAAUCUACGUUGGCUGCCAAGGACCUAGUCCUGAAUGUUCUGAAGAAGCGUGCCGCCGAGGUCAAUGUCGACCAAUGCGGCCCCGGUGAGGAAGAUGCGUUCUAUGUCGCGGACAUGGGCGAGGUCUACCGCCAGCACAUGCGCUGGAAGAUGAACUUGGGCCGCGUCCGACCCUUUUACGCGGUCAAGUGCAACCCCGACCCCGAGAUCCUGCGUCUCAUGGCCAAGCUCGGAAACGGCUUCGACUGCGCGUCCAAGGCGGAGAUCGACCUGGCAUUGGCCACCGGCGUCGAUCCCGCCCGCAUCAUCUACGCGCAGCCCUGCAAGACCAAGUCCUACCUGCGCUAUGCCGCCCAGAAGGGAGUCAAGCAGAUGACCUUCGACAACGCCGACGAGCUGUACAAGAUCAAGGCUUGCUUCCCGGAUGCCGAGCUCUACCUGCGCAUCCUGACCGACGACUCCACCAGCUUGUGUCGUCUCAGCAUGAAGUUCGGUGCAUCGCUCGACGUGGCUCAUCAGCUGCUGGAAUUGGCCCGUGACCUGGAGCUGAAGGUCGUCGGCGUCAGCUUCCACGUCGGCUCGGGCGCCGAAGAUCCUAGUGCCUUCCUCAAGGCGGUGCAGGAUGCCCGUCUGGUGUUCGACCAGGCCGCCGAUCUCGGUCAUGAACUGCACACCCUUGAUGUUGGUGGCGGAUUCACUGGCGAGACCUUCGAAAAGUUCGCCGGUGUGCUGAGUGAAGCUCUGGAUACCUACUUCCCGCCCCACGUUCGCAUCAUCGCCGAGCCCGGCCGCUACUACGUCGCCAGCGCCUUCACCUUGGCGGCCAACGUCAUCGCCCGUCGCGACGUCCGGGAUCCCGAGGACCCCAACAAUGAUGCGUACAUGAUCUACCUGAACGAUGGGGUGUACGGCAACUUCUCGAACAUCAUCUUCGACCACCAACACCCCGUGGCUCAGAUCCUCACCUGUGCGAACGGCCCGAAUGCUGCGACUUCGGGCAUCGCCUAUUCCAUCUGGGGUCCCACUUGUGAUGGCAUCGAUGUCAUCACCCAGCGGAUCACGCUGCCUGGCCUUUUGGAUGUCGGGGACUGGCUGUUCUUCGAGGAGAUGGGAGCCUACACCCGGUGCAGUGCCACUCGGUUCAAUGGUUUCUCGGAUAACCACGAGGUAAUCUACAUCUCCAGCGAAGCGGGCGCAUCCGCUCUUCUUGAGUAUUAA